AUGCAGUGGAGGGAAGAGGUCAUGGAGGGGAUCUUUGUCCAGGGACUUGAGCUGAAAGUCAAACACGAAAGAGCUUUACAGCGAAGGAUCCCCAUGAGCGUCACGGGACGUGACCGAGGUCAAAGGAGGCUGCGUGGGAAAGUGUCCCGCAGAGAUCCAUGGGCGGGUGCCCAGGUGUCUGCUGCUGCUGCCGCUGCUGCCGCUGGGAGCGCACAGAGGCCGGAGAGAGGACAGGGUCCACCAGCGCUCCAUGUGACCAGGCUUUAUGGGGAAGUGGCUUCAGUUGAGCUCAUGGUGGGGUCCACGGUGGAGCAGAUCAACGGCAGAGAUUCUUUGGGUUCCCAUCCCAUUCACUCGGUCCUUUCCCCCCAGUACCCACAGAACAAAUCAGCCAGCCUCAAAUACCUGCUGGAGCAAAAGGCUGAUGUCAACGUCCCCGCACACUCAGGGCAGACACCACUACACCUGGCUGCCUCCGAGGGCUUCCUUGACUGUGCAGAGAUCCUGGUGAAGGCUGGAGCAGAUGUGCUGGCAAAGGACAGCAACGGACAUACUCCACUGGACCUGGCCCGCAUCUGGUGCCGUCGUAAAGUAGCAAGAUACCUGAAAAAUUGUUCAUGGGAGGCAGAAAAGAAGCUAGAACUGAAGGAAAGACAGCUGCUUCAAGCACUGCACAGGGAUCUUGUGGAUCUUGUGACCAAGCAGAAUGAUCUUAGUAAAAGGAAACUUACCGAUGAGAAGAUGGCAGAGUGGGCAACCAAGAAAGGCUUUGCUCCCCUGAAGGACUUCUCCCCCAGAGUGCGUGUGAGCCUGUACCACACCAAGUGUCUCUCAUCAGACCAGACCCGCACGAAUCCCAAAUGGAUGAAGGGCUUGAGUAAACAACACCAACCAGAAGACUCUGAGGAAGACAAGCUCACCCCCGCAAAGCAAACAGCAGCUCCAUCUCCCAGCCCCUGGUCCAUCUUCAUCAACCUCCAGCCAGAGGAGACACCAACCGGGAUGGACCUCAGGAAAUGUGUCACCUUAUCGAGGGACAGCCGCAGCCGGCAGCUGCAGUAUACUACCAAGUGGGAUUGUAUGUCUCACCCCACCCCUAACUUGUCUCAGGAUAUGGUUGAGAGGGUGUUGUUCCCUAGAGCCUUCCCCGCGAGGUUAGCCGAGCCACAGAAAAUUGAUGAGGGCCAGCAUCGAAGAAACCCCCAGGGAGGGAGCACAUGCAUCUGGACAGAGGUGGCUACGCACCUUGCAGAGGUACUAGAGGCAGGACAUCACUGA